GAUCCCGAGAACACUGGUUUCAUUGGUGUGGAGACCUUUGCCAGUCUGGUGCACAGCCAUGAGUUGCCUCUGGACCCGGCGAAGCUGGAGAUGCUGGUGGCGUUGGCCCAGAGCAACGAUGAAGGACAGAUCUGCUAUCAGGAGCUGGUAGACCUGGUCAGUGGCAUCAGCAGUAAGCGGUCCAGCAGCUUCAAGCGAGCCAUCGCCAAUGGCCAGAGGGCCUUACCUCGCGAUGGCCUUCUGGACGAGACCGGUCUGGGCUUCUACAAGCGCUUUGUGCGCUACGUGGCCUACGAGAUCCUGCCUUGCGAGAUGGACCGGCGAUGGUACUUUUACCAGCACCGUGCCUGUCCCCCACCAGUCUUCAUGGCGGUUGUCACCCUGACCCAGAUCAUCGUUUUCCUCUGCUACGGGGCCCGGCUGAACAAGUGGGUGCUACAGACAUACCACCCGGAGUACAUGAAGAGCCCCCUGGUCUACCACCCUGGACACCGAGCCCGCGCCUGGAGGUUCCUCACUUACAUGUUCAUGCACGUGGGGCUGGAACAACUGGGGUUCAAUGCUCUCUUGCAGCUGAUGAUCGGGGUGCCCCUCGAAAUGGUCCACGGCAUCCUCCGUAUCAGUUUUCUCUACCUCGCAGGGGUUUUGGCAGGUUCUCUGACCGUCUCCAUCACAGACAUGCGAGCACCUUUGGUCGGAGGCUCGGGAGGUGUCUACGCUCUUUGCUCCGCUCACCUGGCCAACGUUGUCAUGAAUUGGGCAGGAAUGCGUUGCCCCUAUAAGCUACUCCGUAUGGUGCUGGCCUUGGUGUGCAUGAGCUCCGAGGUGGGCCGGGCGGUUUGGCUGCGUUUCUCCCCCCCUUUGCCCUCCUCAGGUCCUCAGCCCAGUUUCAUGGCCCACCUGGCAGGGGCGAUCGUCGGCAUCAGCAUGGGCUUGACCAUUCUCCGCAGCUACGAGGAAAACCUACAGGAUCAGUGCGGCUGGUGGGUGGUGCUCCUCUCCUACGCCACCUUCUUGGUCUUUGCGGUCUUCUGGAACAUCUUCGCCUACGACCUUCUCGGGGCACAGAUCCCACCUCCCCCGUAGCACCCCCGCCCGGCCCCAGUUCUCUCUGCAAAUACCUAUCCUGGAAGUGCCAAAAUUUGCAGAUUUCACUGGGGGUGGGGUGGAGGGAGGAAGGGGGGGCUGGGCUGGCCCCGGCGCGCACAAAUGCAGGAGCGCAGCGCAUGCGCCGCAGGCUGCGUCUCUGAAACGCCGAAUGCCAAAAACACACACACACCCCAAAACUGCACUAGGAGUCUUGCAGAAAAGCAGGAUCGCCGCGGGGGGCAGUUGAGAGCCCGAAAAGGAGCAAAUUGCCUCCUUUCUUCCCCCCCCUGCUCCCCCGACAUUUAAACCCCACUUCUAGAACGAGUCCUCAGUUCCCGGAAAGAAACAAAAAUAUUCCUUAGCAAGUGCGUGCUCAGCAAUUCCUUUGUAGACACGCAGGGUCGUGAUUCCUAGGGGGUGGGGGAAACGGGAAACGGUGGGGUUGCGUAGCCCUCGAUCCUGUCCUUUUAGUUCCCUUCGUGACCCCUAACCCCCCCAAGCGCUGGGCAGAGGUUGGUCCUGCUUAACAGGCUCUCCAUGAUAAUGAUGCUCCAGACGCCCUCAAACCUUCCCUUCUUCUCUGGAGUGUUUCGUGGUUCUUUUU